AUGCAGCACUUCACCCUCGUUACGAUCUUUCUUGUACUUUCCCUCACCCUUCUUACUCCAUCUAAUGGAGGCUCCAUAGGUAUAAACUACGGUCGCAUAGCAAACAACCUCCCCUCCGCCAUGAAAGUAGUUCAUCUCCUCAAGUCACAAGGUCUAGACCGUGUCAAAGUCUAUGACACCGACCCUUCAGUUCUCCGAGCAUUAUCCGGAUCCAAAAUCAAAGUAACCGUUGAUCUCCCAAACCAGCAACUCUUCGCCGCCGCAAAAGCACCUUCCUUUGCUCUCUCAUGGGUCGAACGGAACGUCGUUGCUUACUACCCUCACACCCAAAUCGAAGCCAUUGCAGUUGGUAACGAAGUCUUCGUCGACCCCGCCAACACCACAAAGUUCCUCGUACCCGCCAUGAAAAACAUCUACAGAGCACUCCAAAAACAUAACCUCCACUCCGACAUUAAAGUUUCCUCCCCCAUCGCACUUUCCGCACUUGGUAACUCAUACCCUUCCUCAUCCGGGUCAUUCCGACCCGAGUUAAUCCAACCCGUUUUUAAACCCAUGCUAGAUUUCAUCCGCGAAACCGGUUCUUACCUUAUGGUAAAUGUUUACCCUUUUUUCGCUUAUGAAUCAAAUGCUGACGUCAUCCCUUUAGAUUAUGCCCUAUUUAGACAAAACCCGGGUCAGGUGGAUCCGGGUAACGGGUUAAGAUAUACGAAUCUCUUCGAUGCUCAAAUCGAUGCCGUUUUCGCUGCACUCACUGGUUUGAAAUACGACGAUGUGAACAUUGUCGUUUCAGAGACAGGCUGGCCUUCGAAAGGUGAUAGCAAUGAAGUGGGUGCGAGUGUAGAGAAUGCAGCUGCAUACAACGGGAAUCUCGUCCGUAAGAUCUUGACUGGAAGUGGGACCCCUUUGAGACCUAAAGCAGAUCUAACCGUUUAUUUAUUCGCGCUUUUCAAUGAAAAUCAGAAACCUGGACCCACUUCAGAGAGAAAUUUCGGUUUAUUUUACCCUAAUGAGAAGAAGGUUUACGACGUUCCUUUAACCGUGGAGGCGCUGAAGAAUUACCACGACAAUCCGUCACCGGUUUCUCCGGUUGCCGGUGGUGCGAAUCAACCUGCCCCGGCGGAGGGUGGUGGUAAUGGCGGUGUUUCGAAGAGUACCACCGGGAACACGUGGUGCGUUGCGAAUCCUUACGCGGAUAAAAGUAAGCUACAAGCCGCUUUAGAUUUUGCUUGCGGCGAAGGAGGUGCUGAUUGCCGUUCGAUUCAGCCUAAUUCCACGUGUUACAAUCCCAACACGUUGGUUUCGCACGCUUCGUUUGCGUUUAACAGUUAUUAUCAAAAACAAGCACGUGCGGGUGGGAGUUGCUAUUUCGGUGGUACGUCGUACGUGGUCACGCAAGAGCCCAAGUAUGGUGAUUGUGAAUAUCCCACUGGAUAUUAA